AAAGGCGCGCGCCGUCGUCGCUCGCCGAGAGUGAAGGGGAGCUGUGAUGGCGAGUUCGGCUGCUUCCUCAGUGCGACCGCCGAGGCCCAAGAAAGAGCCGCAAGCGCUCGUCAUCCCAAAGAAUGCGGCCGAAGAGCAGAAGCUCAAGCUGGAGCGGCUCAUGAAGAACCCGGACAAAGCAGUUCCAAUUCCAGAAAAAAUGAGCGAAUGGGCACCUCGGCCUCCCCCAGAAUUUGUUCGAGAUGUAAUGGGUUCGAGCGCUGGGGCUGGCAGUGGAGAGUUCCACGUGUACAGACAUCUGCGGCGGAGAGAGUACCAGCGACAGGACUACAUGGAUGCCAUGGCGGAGAAGCAAAAAUUGGAUGCAGAGUUUCAGAAGCGACUGGAGAGGAAUAAAAUUGCUGCGGAGGAGCAGACGGCAAAGCGGCGGAAAAAGCGCCAGAAGUUAAAAGAGAAGAAAUUAUUGGCAAAGAAGAUGAAAGUUGAACAGAAGAAACAAAAAGAAGGAUCCAGUCAGUCUCAGGAGCAGCCAUCCAGUAGCUCUGAGGAAGCAUCUGGAACAGAGGAGGAAGAGGAGGAGCAGCCCAGCUUCAUCAUGGGGCGAUGGCAGUGUUUGCUGUAGUGGCUGUCUGGAGCCCGGCCCAUUCUGCGGCCGAGCCUCAGAAAAGCCUCCACACAACCCGAGGCCAAAGGAGGCUCUGUUUCAGCUCAGUUCUCCUCCCAGCGCCUUGCUGGAGAGAAGCAAGCGGGAACCCAUCCUGACUGUGGACAGCCCCGCCUGUUGGCAGGCCUCCAUGCCUGUGGGACAGAGAGGACCAUGUCCUGGACCCUUGGGGCACCGCCGAGCAGAGUUCAUUCAUGUUCCGGCUGAUGGGGAACACGUAUCACCUUCUGCCCCUGGUGCCUCCUCUCCUGUUUGGACAGUGAUGAGUUUGGACCAGUUUCUGUGAAAGAAACGUUUAUUUAGUAAAGAACAGAAACAUCAGGUUUUGUUCAGACCUGUCUAAUGUUCCAAAGCUACAGGGACGGCUGGGAAGCGACGUGACAGGGUGGCCUGUUUCCAGGCUUGCUGAAGGAAAUGGCCCUGGCUCUGAGGCAGCCCACACUGCAGGACCCCCACUUCCUCCAGCUGAGGGUUAGACUGUUGGGGUUAUUUAUCUCCCGUUCCAAGUUUCUAAGUAUAUUUUGUGCCUUUUAUUGAGUGUGAUAGAAUUAAGGAAAUAGUGGUUUGGAGCGAAGGGAAACUAAGAAGCAUUUCACUUGUUUUUUCAUUUUUGCAGUAUGGAUUUUCCUGGCCCCACCCUGAGCCAGGCGACAUCUGUGAGCACUUCUGUCCUUUAAGCAAUUCAAGCCACAGGAAUUUUUCUUUCCCAGGGAGCUGAAAUGGAAAAUCAGCGCUAAUAAAUUAGCACACCCCGUG